GUUACAUAAAUAUUUUCUUUUUGCUCCAAAUUCACUUAGCGUUAUUGAAAGUAGAAAGUCCUUACUAGUGUUAUUUCUCUUUUUUGGCUCUCAGACAGUUGUCUGCACCGUAAAGUCCAGGGAUAGUAAAGGUAAGACUCAGUAUAGUACAUAACAGGCAAGAGUUGGGAAUACUGCAUCAUUUUUCAUCCCAGAAAAUGUAAGAUCCUAUGAGGACGCCUGGUGGCGCUGCAGGAUAAGACGGUACAGACCAGCACCGCAGCUGCAGCACCAUUAACAGGCAAAACUAAGCAACAGAACCUGGAAGCCCACGGGAAGCUUGGAUGCCACUGGAGGAGGACUGGGUCCUUUGAUAAGGACCACUCACUGGAAUAUUUCUGAGUUAUCCUGUGACAGAGCCACAGUCUCGGAUACUGAAGUCGUUACAGUUCAGCAGAACCACCCUGGAGGGAGGCUUUACCAGACAAGAACAAUGGAGGCCAGUGGGAAGUUCAUUUGCAGACAAAGGCAAGUCGUUUUAUUCUUUGUCCUCUUGGGCUUAUCUCAGGCGGGUAUGGAACCUGGACGCUAUUCUGUGGUGGAGGAAACCGAGGGUAGCUCCUUUGUAACCAAUUUAGCAAAGGAUCUAGGUCUGGGUCAGAGGGAACUCUCCAAGCGUGGGGCAAGGGUUAUUUCCAAAGGGAACAAACUACAUUUGAAGCUGGAUCAGGAGACUGGAGAUUUGUUGCUAAAUGAGAAACUGGACCGGGAGGAAUUGUGCGGUCACACAGACCCCUGUGUGCUGCGUUUCCAGGUGUUGCUAGAAAAUCCCUUACAGUUUUUUCAAGCUGAGCUACAAGUAAUAGACAUAAAUGACCAUUCCCCAGUAUUCGUAGACAGAGAUAUGUUGCUAAAAAUAUCAGAGAGCAGUCCACCUGGAACUACAUUUCCACUGAAGAACGCUCAGGAUGUGGACGUAGGCCGAAAUAAUAUUGAGACCUAUAUAAUCAGUCCCAACUCUUAUUUUCGCGUCCUCACCCGCAAGAGCAGUGAUGGCAGCAGAUAUCCUGAGUUGGUGCUGGAUAAAGCGCUAGAUCGAGAACAGGAACCUGAGCUCAGGUUAACCCUUACAGCUCAGGAUGGCGGCUCUCCACCCAGGUCUGGCAUCGCUCAGAUCAACAUUGAAGUCGUGGACAUCAAUGAUAACGCCCCUGAAUUUGAGCAGUCUCUCUAUAGGGUGAAAAUUCCUGAGGACAGUCCGAUAGGCUUCCUGAUUGUCACAGUCUCUGCUACGGAUGCAGACAUAGGAGUCAACGGAGAGAUUUCCUAUUCACUUUUCCAGGCUUCUGAAGAGAUUUGCAAAACCUUUGAAAUCAAUUCUAUGACGGGAGAAAUUCGACUUAAAAAACAACUUGAUUUUGAAAGAAUACAGUUCUAUGAAGUCAAUAUUGAGGCCAGAGAUUCUGGCAGCUUUUCUGGAAAAUGCACCGUCCUGACUCAAGUCUUGGAUGUGAACGACAAUGCCCCAGAAAUCACCAUGUCUGCAUUUACUAGACACAUACCUGAGAACUCGCCUGAGGCUAUGGUUGCAGUUCUCAGUGUUUCAGACCUUGAUUCGGAAGAAAAUGGGAAAAUAAAUUGCACAAUUCAGGACGAUCUACCCUUUCUCCUGAAAUCUUCCUUAGAAAAUUUUUACACCCUGGUAACAGAGAGACCCCUGGACAGAGAGAGCCAGGCCGAGUACAACAUCACCAUCACCGUCACCGACUUGGGGACCCCCAGGCUGAAAACGCAGCACAACAUAACCGUGACGGUCUCCGACGUCAACGACAACGCCCCCGCCUUCAGCCAAACCACCUACACCCUGCGCGUCCGCGAGAACAACAGCCCCGCCCUGCACAUCGGCAGCGUGAGCGCCACGGACAGGGACUCGGGCGCCAACGCCCAGGUCACCUACUCGCUGCUGCCGCCCGCGGACCCGCAGCUGCCCCUGGCCUCCCUGGUGUCCAUCAACGCGGACAACGGGCAGCUGUUCGCGCUCAGGUCCCUGGAUUACGAGGCGCUGCAGGCGUUCGAGUUCGGCGUGCGCGCGGCCGACCGCGGCUCGCCCGCGCUCAGCAGCCAGGCGCGGGUGCGCGUGCUGGUGCUGGACGACAACGACAACGCGCCCUUCGUGCUGUACCCGCCGCAGAACGGCUCUGCGCCCUGCACCGAGCUGGUGCCCAGGGCGGCCGAGGCGGGCUACCUGGUGACCAAGGUGGUGGCGGUGGACGGCGACUCGGGCCAGAACGCCUGGCUGUCGUACCAGCUGCUCAAGGCCACGGAGCCCGGGCUGUUCGGCGUGUGGGCGCACAACGGCGAGGUGCGCACGGCCCGGCUGCUGAGCGAGCGCGACGCCGUCAAGCACAGGCUGGUGGUGCUGGUCAGGGACAAUGGCGAGCCGCCGCGCUCGGCCAGCGUCACGCUGCACGUGCUGCUGGUGGACGGCUUCUCGCAGCCCUACCUGCCGCUCCCGGAGGUGGCGGCGGCCGAGGCGCGGGCCGACCCGCUCACCGUCUACUUGGUCGUCGCCUUGGCGUCCGUGUCGUCGCUCUUCCUGUUCUCGGUGCUGGUGUUCGUGGCGGUGCGGCUGUGCACGCGGAGCCGGGCGGCGUCUGCGGGUCGCUGCUCGGGGCCCGAGGGCCACUUUCCGGGCCACCUGGUGGACGUCAGCGGCGCGGGGACGCUGUCCCAGAGCUACCAGUAUGAGGUGUGUCUGCGGGGAGGUUCGGGGACCAGUGAGUUCAAGUUCCUCAAGCCAAAUGUGCCCAAUUUCCAGGGCCACUCCCCUGGGCCAGAAAUAGAAGAAAACGCCAACUUUAGGAAUGACUUUGGUUUUAGUAUUCAGUGAUUGUAUUGUUUUUCAUAUUCCAGAUAUUUAAAAUUGGUAAGUUCAAGAUAUAGCUUUCCUGGCAACCCGUUAAGACUUUUUAAAUCACACUAAACUUGCCUGCAAAAUACUUUAUAUUACCCCUUUGUUAUAAAGAAUAGUCUUUUUUUCAUCACUAUGAGAUGAUUGGUCUUAAAUUUUGCCCUCAAAACACUGGUGAGGUCAUUAGUUGUACAAAUUGUUGCUGUGGAAUAGUUUAGGAAUGGAUUAGGAUGGGGCACCUGGGUAGCCCGGGUGAGCAUCCCAACUUCCCCUCAGGUCAUGAUCUCACUGCUCCAGAGUUGGAGCCCAGAAUAGGGCUGGAUGCUGUGGGAGCCCCAUUCGGAUCCUCUGUCUCCUUCUCUUCCUGCCCCUCCCCCUCAAAAAGGAA